UUAGUUGGGGUGCAAGGGUUAACGGAAUGGGUGAGAAGUAAAUAUUUCCAAAAAUCGCUUCAUAGGUAUCAAAAGGCCCAAAUUCAAAUUCAAAUCGCUUCGAUUCGACGGUUAGCCACCUGCUAAGAGUGGCUACUGGCUAUCUCUAACAAACAAACAACUCCUUCAUUCAUGGCGUCAAAUUCGAAGGCAUUCGUCUCUGCCUCUCCGAUUGUGACCGCCGGCGAGUUCCCUCAACAGAUGAAUCUCUCAAGUUCCGUUCCUAUCCGAGCUCCUCUCACCCUUGAUGAUUCUGAUUCUGAUUUUGAACUUUCAAGUGACGCCACUCUUUCCGAAACCGCCUCACAUUCUGACCUAGAAGCUCAAUCACAAUGCGCUUCUCAAGAAGAAGAUGAAGAAGAGUGUUUUGAACUUGACGAAGAACUUUCACCUCUCGUGCAAUUACCUUUGCGUGUUACUCCUUUCGCUCAUUUGUCUACUUACGAUGACGAGGAAGAUGAAGAAGACGAAGAAGAUGAUUGUGGUGAAAUGUUGAGUGCUGAGAGUGUGGCGGAGAAUCUUGUAGGUGCAUUUUCGAAAGAUACUGGUUCCGAUGUUUCCAUUGAAGCUGAGAAUGACAUUGCAUAUGGACAAGGUCUUCGAAUCAGAGUAGCUUGUGAAGAAUACUCUACUGCUAGUUCAAUUGAUUCUGAUGCCAUGUCGCAGUGUUCGCAAGAGAAUUUGGACAAUGAGCAAUUUGAGAAGGUAAGUGUUGCCUUAAAUGAAUUUGAAAAUGAUGAGAUCGAACUUUUAGAUAGGAAUGAUGAAAUUAGGGUUGAGUUUAUUGAGACUGAUGAUGUCAUGCAAAGGAAGUUGGAAGUUGUUAACAACACCGAGACCUCGGAUAUGGUGGAAGAAACUUCCAAUGCAGAUAGCUUAUUGGAGUCCAAUGCCAAGGGUUAUAUUGACAGUGUGAUGCUGGAGCAGAAUACAAGUGUUGACUAUUUGGGAGAACAGAAUCCCCGAACAUGUGAGUAUCUAUCGAAUGCCUUUCCUGAGAAUUUUGAAAAUAGUUUCGAACAUUGCCAAGAAAAUAUUGAAUGUAGUAUAACUGAAAGUGAGAAACUGGUAAGCAUAACCGAAAGUGAGAAACUGAAUAGUAUGAUGCUGGAGCAGAAUACAAGUGUUGACUAUUUAGAAGUACAGAAUCCACAAACAGGUGAAUCUCUAGCAGAUGCCUUUACUGAGAAUUUUGAAAACAGUGUAGAACAUUGCCGAGAAAAUAUUGAAUAUGGUACUACAGCAACUCGAAUCAUCUCAGCUAAUGGAAAUCUAGGUGUUGUUGCUGCUUCUCAUCAAGGAAGUGAAAGUGAGAAACUGGGAAGUAUAGCUGAAUCUGUAGUUGACUCAAAAGCUGUAUUGGAUGAUUCUUCAGUUGGUUUUGAAUCCAAUGGUGAUGCUUCUGAAGGUAAUAAAAUUCAAGAUGUUUCUGAUCGUGCACUCCUUCAAGAGUGUACAUAUUUGGAAAAGGGUCUGUCUGAAACUGUUUUAGGUGUUCUGGACGAAGAUGUGCUGUUUUGUGAUUACCAUUCACGUGAAGAUGAGGAAACGUUUUACGCGGGAGACACUGUAAAUAAAGAGGCUACUAUGGAGCUAAGCAAUGUAAGUCAAGAAUCAAAAGGAGGUGGUUCUGCUUUGGAUGAUGAUGAUGAUGAUGUGGAAGAGUUGAUGUCAGCCCGCUUUGAGCAGUUAAGGGAACAAAUUUCAGCUCUCUCGAUUCUUUUGGGUUCAAUAGGAUCCAGAAAGAACUCUCGUGAAGAAGAGACGGUCAUGAGUCCACAUGCAAGAACGAACUUGCCAAAGGAUGGUGCGAGAAGUCAAUUAGUUUAUUUUGAUAAUGAUUGUGAAUCAGAUUGCAACUCAGUUACAGUCGCUUAUACCGAUCAAUCCAGUGCCCAUUUCCUUCAAAAUCGAGCUAGUUUCAGUUCCUUACUAAGUGGUGAUGCUCAAGCUGGGUUCCAAUUCCAACACAACAUAAGUGAAAACGAAAAGGAAAAAAUACACAAGAUACAUACCAUAAGUGUGAAAUUCUUGAGGCUUGUCCAUCGAAUAAAUUUCUCUCUUGAAGAUUCCUUGGUUUCAAAGGUUUUAUGCAGGUUGGUUGCAGAUAUCAGAAGGCGCUCACAUCAAGAAUUUGUGAUUAGUUCAUCAAAAGUAUUAGCAAAAAAGAUUGAAGAAGAUUUUCAGGAUGAUUUAGACUUUUCAUUGAACAUUCUAGUUCUUGGCAAAAGUGGUGUAGGAAAGAGUGCAACCAUCAAUUCUAUUUUUGGCAAUAAAGUGGUCAUGACAGAUGCAUUUGAACCUGCCACAACUUCUGUAAGAGAGGUUUCUGGAACUGUAGACGGAGUCAAGAUCAAAAUCCUUGACACACCUGGUCUCAGGGCCCCUAUGAAGGAUCAAGGUUUCAACAGAAAGAUACUUUCAUCAGUAAAGAGGUCCAUCAAUAUGGCAACAGGCAAUUCUUACUCUCACUCAUGCUGCUUCUACUCCAUUGGAUGGUCCAUCGGGAUCCCCUCUGAGCUAUGAAGUAUUUGUUUCUCAAAAAUCCCAUCCUGUUCAACAAUCAAUCAUCAAAGUAGUUAGUGAUCAGUGUCAGCUGAGCCCAAGCUUCAUGUGCCCAGUGUCUCUUGUCGAGAAUCAUCCAUUAUGUGGAAAAAAUAUAUCGGGGGAGAGUGUGCUUCCCAAUGGACUUAGAUGGAGAACCCAGUUAUUAGCUUUGUGUUUUUCUCAAAA